CGGCUCUUUCUUUGCUGAGCGCGUCGUCGGUGAAGAACAUAAAGGCUAUCCCGUCUCCCUCGCGCGCUACCUGUCACUCACUGCCACCAGCUUGGAAACACCUCCCUGCGACUACAAGGUUCCCGACAAGCGCGUACAAACGCUUCAUCUUUUCUUGCCCAGGAUAUCAACACGGCGAGCUCGCGCAAAGCUUCGCAACCACCAACACCCACGAUUUGAACGCGCCCAGUCCACACGACAUAAUCGCAAGAGAUGGCUCUUUUCGGUCAAGCGGCAGCUCCCGCUGCAAGCUCCACUACAGGCGACACCAGCAAAGACGUCGAGGUGCCCGCCGGCCAAGUACCCAGCGACAGCAUAUCUGACCUUCAAUUCUCGCCGACCAACGAUUUCCUUGCAGUGGGAAGCUGGGACAAGAAGGUCUACAUCUACGAGGUCAACGGCAACGGUGCGCAAGGAAAGUGGAUGUUCGAAUGCCCGGGUCAUGUUCUGGGUCUGGGAUGGUCAAAGGAUGGCACUCGUAUCGCAGCCGGCGACUCAACAGGCAUGCUCAACAUUGUCGACUUCCGCACCGCCCCUGCCAGCGGUACCGUCCCUGCGCAACAAGCCAAAGCCCACGAGAAUGGCAUCAAGUGCGUCCGCUGGUUCCAGACUGGAGGCCAGGACUACGUCGCUACUGGUUCUUGGGACAAGACCGUCAAGUUCUGGAACCUCCAAGGCGCUGAGCCAGUCGGUACACUGACGUGCCAGGAGCGUGUCUACAGCAUGGACGUCAAAGAUCAACUGCUAGUCAUCGCGACCGCUGAGCGCCAUAUCCACAUGGUGAACCUCUCAAACCCCACAACUAUCUACAAGACCAUCACCAGCCCUCUCAAGUGGCAGACAAGGGUUGUGAGCUGUUUCUCGGAUGCGACUGGUUUUGCCGUCGGCUCCAUCGAAGGACGAUGCGCUAUUCAAUAUGUCGAAGAAAAGGAUACCAGCCUCAACUUUUCAUUCAAGUGCCAUCGCCAACAAGACCCCGCCAACCGCGACAUCGCCAAGGUCCACUCAGUAAACGCCAUAUCCUUCCACCCACAACACGGCACCUUCUCCACUGCAGGUUCCGACGGAACUUUCCACUUUUGGGACAAGGACGCCAAGCACCGCCUCAAGGGCUACCCCGAGGUCGGCGGCAGCAUUGUCGCAACAGGCUUCAGCAAGGACGGCAACAUUUUCGCUUACGCCGUCAGUUACGAUUGGAGCAAGGGUUUCGGUGGCAACACACAAAACUACCCUAUCAAGAUCAAGCUUCACCCCAUUCUAGGGGACGAGUGCAAGCCGAGGCCGGGAAGCAAGAAGAGGUAAUCCCUAAUACAUUAGGGAUUAUUCUCUUUCUUCUUCGUGUCCGCUUUUCGCCGACAAUGAUGUCUGAAAGCUCGACCGCAGCGAUAGCAGGGCCUUCAUCUUCGGCGCUGUGGAGCGCACCAGUGGGAAGCACAUGACGCAAAAGAAGCAGCAAUGUGCUUGACGAAUUUGUGGCGCCUUCUGUAUACACCCCCUAUGCCCCACACUCAUAACGCUACUCUCAGUUGGACGAUAUUAUGGUGUUUGUUGUUUCUUGGUUUCCUGCAUUAGCGUUCAAGGGGACUGGCGUAUUUGGAGAUAUAGUACCAUGGGCUGUCGAGGCCCCUCCGUAGGAUAGGCAGGAAAAUGUAAUCAAAUUACUGUACAUCUGGCUAUGGC